AUGAAUAUUGACUCAUAUACUAACAAAGAAAUAGUGCAUAAACAAGUCUACUAUGGACAUCCAGCUUUAGAUGGUGGACAGGUUGACCAUUUGACUCCAAUACAAAUAUCAUUCCCAACAACUGAGGUUAUAGGCCAUGGUUCAUUUGGUGUUGUCUUCACUACAACCAUACAAGAAACUAAUGAAUUGGUAGCAAUUAAAAAAGUGCUACAAGAUAAAAGAUUUAAAAAUAGAGAAUUAGAAAUAAUGAAAUUAUUAAAACAUCCAAAUAUUAUUGAUUUAAAAUAUUUUUUUUAUGAAAAGGACGAACAAAGUGAAGUUUAUUUAAAUUUAAUAUUAGAAUGUAUGCCACAAUCCUUAUAUCAAAGGUUACGUCAUUUUGUUCAUCAAAGGGCCUCUAUGCCAAGAUUAGAAAUUAAAUUUUACAUGUAUCAAUUGUUUAAAUCAUUAAAUUAUCUUCAUGAACAUGCUCAUGUUUGUCAUAGAGAUAUUAAACCACAAAAUUUAUUAGUGGAUCCAAAUACAUUAUGUUUAAAAUUAUGUGAUUUUGGUAGUGCAAAACAAUUGAAACCCAGUGAACCAAACGUUUCAUAUAUUUGUUCUAGAUAUUAUAGAGCUCCAGAAUUAAUAUUUGGCGCUACAAAUUAUACUAAUCAAAUUGAUAUAUGGUCAAGUGGAUGUGUUAUGGCUGAAUUAUUAUUAGGUCAACCAAUGUUCCCAGGUGAAAGUGGGAUCGACCAAUUGGUAGAGAUUAUUAAAAUAUUGGGAACACCAUCAAAGGAUGAAAUCUCUACAAUGAAUCCUAAUUAUAUGGAACAUAAAUUCCCACAGAUUAAACCUAUUCCUUUAAAUAGAGUCUUUAAGAAAGAAGAUGAUCUAACGGUAGAUUUCUUGGAUCAUACAUUGAAAUAUAGUCCUUUGGAGAGAUAUACUGCGUUAGAUUGUCUCUUACAUCCUUAUUAUGACGAAUUAAGGAUAUCAACAGAUCCACAAAUUCAGCAAUAUGUUAAAAAUUUGGAUUUACUUAAAUUUGAUCAAGAUAUAGAACAAUCUCAUUUUCCAAGUGAUAGAAUAGAUGAUAUUAGAAAGAAAUUGUCUAUUGAAUAA